AUGCCAAGAUGCUCCGCUCUGCCCUCCAGCCACAACUGGGACCAUUACGGACAGUGGCCAGCAGUCUGGACCCUCCUGAGGAAGAUGCCAAUCAUUCUGUGGCUGCUGCUGUUGGACACCUCCCUUCCUGCUGUGAGAGGCCAGACCAGAAUUCCUCUGGAAACAGUGAAGCUAUGGGCCGAUACCUUCGGCAGGAAUUUGUACAACACGGUGACCAGAUACUCAGGCUCUCUCUUGCUGCAGAAGAAGUACAAGGAUGCAGAAUCCAGUCUGAAGAUCAAAGAGGUGGAUGGCUUGGAGCUGGUGAAGAAGUUCUCAGAGGACAUGGAGACCAUGCUUAGGAGGAAAGUCGAGGCUGUCAAGAGCUUGGUGGAGGCUGCUGAGGAGGCUGACCUGAACCAUGAGUUCAAUGCCUCUCUGGUGUUUAACUACUACAACUCGGUACUAAUCAAUGAGAAGGACGAGAAGGGCAACUACGUGGAGCUGGGAGCCGAGUUCCUUCUUGAGUCCGACGCGCACUUCAGCAACCAGAGGGUGAAUGUCUCCCUAAGCAGUGUACAGCUACCUACCAACGUGUAUAACAAAGACCCAGACAUUUUAAAUGGAGUCUAUAUGUCCGAGGCCCUGAACCCUGUGUUUGUGGAGAACUUCCAGAGAGACCCUACGCUGACCUGGCAGUAUUUUGGCAGUUCAACUGGGUUCUUCAGGAUCUAUCCAGGAAUAAAGUGGAAGCCUGAUGAAAACGGAGUCAUUGCUUUCGACUGCAGAAACCGUGGCUGGUACAUACAAGCGGCCACCUCUCCCAAAGACAUCGUGAUUCUGGUGGACAUGAGUGGCAGCAUGAAGGGGCUGAGGAUGGCCAUCGCCAAGCACACCAUCACUACCAUCUUGGACACCCUGGGAGAAAAUGACUUCGUGAAUAUCAUUGCGUACAAUGACUAUGUCCACUACAUUGAGCCCUGCUUCAAAGGCAUCCUCGUCCAGGCAGACCGAGACAACCGAGAGCAUUUCAAGCAGUUGGUGGAGGAACUGAUGGUCAAAGGCGUGGGUGUUGUGAGUCAAGCCCUAAUCGAGGCUUUCCAGAUCCUGAAUCAGUUCCAAGAGUCCAGACAAGGAAGUCUCUGUAACCAGGCCAUCAUGCUUAUCACUGAUGGGGCGGUGGAAGACUAUGAGCCCGUGUUUGAGAAAUAUAACUGGCCGGACCGCAAGGUAACUCCCACUGCAAGUCGGGGGGGAAGGGGCCUCUCCUUUGCAUCCCGUGAUCACACAGCCUUGCCCUCUCCAGGCUACUACACACAGAUCUCCACACUGGCUGAUGCCCAGGAGAACGUGAUGGAGUAUCUACAUGUGCUCAGCCGCCCCAUGGUCAUCAACCACGACCAUGACAUCAUCUGGACAGAGGCAUAUAUGGACAGCAGGCUCUUCACCUCAGAGGCACAGAGCCUGAUGCUCCUCACCACAGUAGCCAUGCCAGUCUUCAGCAAAAAGAACGAGACGCGAUCCCACGGCAUUCUCCUGGGUGUAGUGGGCUCCGACGUGACCCUAAGAGAGCUCAUGAAGCUGGCACCCCGAUAUAAGCUUGGGGUACAUGGAUAUGCCUUUUUGAACACUAACAACGGCUACAUCCUCUCUCAUCCUGACCUCCGACCUUUGUACAGAGAAGGCAAGAAGCUGAGACCCAAACCCAACUACAACAGUGUGGACCUCUCGGAAGUGGAGUGGGAGGACCAAGCUGAAACCCUGAGAACUGCCAUGAUCAACGGGGAAACAGGUUCUCACUCCAUGGAUGUGAAGGUGCCACUGGACAAAGGGAAACGGGUUCUAUUCCUGACCAAUGACUAUUUCUUCACGGACAUCAGUGACACACCUUUCAGCUUGGGAGUGGUGCUGACGAGAGGCCAUGGAGAAUACAUCCUCCUGGGAAAUACAUCCGUGGAGGAAGGCCUGCAUGACUUGCUUCACCCGGAUCUGACCCUGGCCAGCGACUGGAUCUACUGCAUCACGGAUAUCGACCCAGACCACCGGAAACUCAGCCAGCUGGAAGCUGUGGUCCGCUUCCUGACAGGGAUGGAUCCAGGCCUGGAGUGUGAUGAAGAGCUGGUGCGGGAGGUGCUGUUUGAUGCAGUGGUGACGGCCCCCAUGGAAGCCUACUGGACGGCACUGGCACUCAACAUGUCUGAAGCAUUGGAGCCUGGUGUGGAGGUGGCCUUUCUGGGGACCCGGGCUGGUCUCCUAAGACGAAGCUUGUUCGUGGGUUCUGAGAAAAUCUCUGAUAGGAAGUUCCUGACCCCUGAAGAUGAAGCCAGUAUUUUUACCAUGGACCACUUCCCGCUGUGGUAUCGUCAGGCCUCUGAGCAGUCCCCAGGCAGUUUUGUCUUCAAUCUCCGCUGGGAAGAGGGUCCAGACAGCCCAGGCAAGCCAGUGGUGGUGAGGGCCAGUACAGCAAUCGCUGUGACAGUGGAUGGGAAGACGGCCAUUGCAGCAGCUGUGGGCAUCCAGAUGCAAGUGGACUACCUCCAGCGCCAGUUCUGGGCAGCCAUGAAGCAGUGCGGCACUGGAGAGGGGCCAUGCCCGGAGAGCUGCGAGAACACUGAUCUGGACUGCUUCGUCAUAGACAACAACGGCUUCGUUCUGAUCUCAGAGAGACCUCAGGAGAUGGGAAGACUUCUGGGGGAAGUGGAUGGUGCUCUCAUGACGCAGCUUCUCAGCAUGGGGGUGUUCAGCCGUGUGACCAUGUAUGACUACCAGGCCAUGUGCAAGCCCCCGGACCAUCACCACAGUGCAGCCCAGGCCCUGAUCAGUCCUCUCUCUGCCUCCCUGAUGGUGGUCCGCUGGCUACUGCAUGAAUUCCUGCUGUUCCUGCUUCAGUGGAGUGCCUGGGGAUCUUGGUAUGACAAAGGGUCAGAGGCCAAAGCUGUCUUUCAUCACUCCCACAAGCACAAAAAGCAGGACCUGCUGCACCCCUGUGACACAGAAUACCCAGUGUUUGUGCACCAGACAGCCAUCCAGGAGGCCAAUGGGAUCAUCGAGUGUGAGGCCUGCCGGAAGACAUUCGUGAUGCAAAAGAUUCCCAGCAGCAACUUGCUCCUCCUAGUGACAGACCGUACCUGUGACUGCAGCACCUACUCUCCCAUCCUCCAGGAGGCCACAGAAGUCAAAUAUAAUGCCUCUGUCAAAUGUAACAGGAUGCGCUCCCAGAAGCCCCGACGGCGACCAGGAUCCUGCCAUGCCUUCCAUCCAGAGGAGAACGCCCAGGACUGUGGUGGCGCUUCAGACACUGGAGCUUCUCUGCCUCUGCUCCUGCUACCAUUGUGGGUCUGGCUGCUUCCACCACAGCUCCUGUGGUGACCCCAUCCUGUCUGACUUUCACAGAAGGGGACCCUUACAGAGACAUUCUAAAAAGUCGCCAACUGAUGAGGAGGGCCCAGCUCACAGCAGCGAAGUGUCUCCUGGCUUUCGGUCCUGAGCUACCAAUCUCCCUCUGUUGGAAGGAUCCCCAAAGCUCUCCAGGGUGCCGAAUACCAGCCACCCCAUCUUCUACUUCUGCCUCUGCUUCAGGACUCCCAACAAGAGCUCAGCUAGAGGAAGGGGAGAAGUUACCAACGAUCAGAAGCAGCCAAAGGGCUGGGUGUUUCCCUGGCUGGGGUCUACUGCAGAUCUGAGCUCUGGGGGCCAGGAUGAGCAGUGUGGCCCAUGCAGAGGCUGUGGCAAGAGCACACUCACCACAAACACAGGAGUCCUUGGGAAGGCACUCUCAUCCAUCCCAGAUAGUGCAAGGGAGGACAGGCAGAGGGAGAGACGGAAAGACUCAGCGAGGGACCAGGAACCAGGGAAGAAGUGGAAAGGAAGUAAUAGGCACAGAAUAAGCAUUAAAUUCUGUGAGUUAUCAUCAGAAUGCUACCACUGAAGAACUCCAUCCUUUUUAUACUAAUAAUCUGAAGGAGAGCGGGGAGGAGUAUGUAUAUGGGAGCAUCUGGAGGGAGGAAAGGGAAGGGAGAAAUGUUGAAAUUAUAAUCUCAAAAGGGAAAAAAGAAAAAGAAAAGCUACUAGGCUGAGCCCUGCAGCCGCUGCACUGGACAGUAGUGUGGUCCAGAGGAGAUGCUGGACAGUAGUGUGGUCCAGAGGAGAUGCUGAGAAGAUGCCAGGCGAAGGUCCUCAUGGACCUCACUAUGGUAGGGUACAGGUGAGGUCUCCAAGACCCAUGGUGGGCUUUCUGUGGCUCACACUCUACAAAAGUAACUACUUGGCUGUCUUGGGGAAGCCCUUGAGGUUGGAACAACACACAGAAUCCUUGCCACAAUGCCCUGAAGUAGGUCUACAAUGUACCUGCCCUUUUUUAAAAUUUUUUUUUGCAUGUCUGAGGUGUGCAAUUGUGCAUGUUUGUGGACCUGUUUGUGCAUGGAUGCAGAGGCCAGAGGACGGUGCUGGCCGUCUUCCUCACCCACUCCCCGCCUUAUUUUUUAAGACAGGGUCUCUCACUAAGCCUGGGGCCCUCCAAUUCAGCCACACUAGCUGGCCAGAAGCCCUAGGGAUCCUCUGUCUCCAGCUCCUCAGUGCUGGGAUUACCAGCAUACCCCAUUGUUUGAAGGGUCCUCAUACUUCACUAGCUAAGGCUCUCAAGCCCUAUGAAUUACCUGUCUUUUAAAUGAGGAAACUAAGCCUUAGCACUCAAGAGACAGAGGCAGGUGAAUCUUUGUCUGAGGCCAGCCUGGUUUACAGAGUGAGUUC